UGGUGCAGUAGAGGUGACCUGAACAUCCACAGAAACCAAAAGGAUGUGAAGUCUACAAUGCUGGAUAUCGAGUGUUAAUGAUGGCAUUUCCUUUCAUGCCAAAUCCAGGGAUGAAAACUGUAGUACUGAUGACACCUAGGACAUUGUGAGGCAUCGUUAAUGAUGGAUCCAGAAGCAGAGGACCCAGACAACAAUGAUAACUUGGUCCCUUGGUCGGGCUCAGAUGGUUCCCAGGAACUCUGUGCGUCUGAGUCCUUGGCAGAGUCCUACUAUGAAGAUGAGGCCAGUGAUGUAGAGUACCAAUCAGACCCUAGGCCUGCUCAAACCCGAAAGUCUGACGAUGAGUCCCCAGAAUGCCGUCGAUCAAUAGACUGGGAAUCUGCGCGUGAGCCACAGUACCCGCCUGAACACAGUGGAAGUGAAGAAGAUGUCUCAUACCACGAAGAGGAUGAGGUCUACCUUAGUGAAUCAAGAGAAUCCAUUACAGAGUCGCCUCGCAUCCAGACUUCACCAACAUCACUAUCCCCACAGCCACAGCUUCCUGACUCUGAGCCACAAAGAGGCCAGAUAUCACGGCCACACUCCCACUCAUCUUCCUCCUCUGUUGGGUGCACUGCCAAUAUGACCCUGGCCUUGACCCUUAGCGCAGAACAGCCCUUGGGAGCCAGUAAUAGGCAGGGCUCAAGGACUGGGAACAGAAGGGUUGAAUCCUCAGAGGAAGGAGGGAGCAGCGAAGCACCUCCUGCUUCUGUCUUCUUUGGAAUUUCAGCUGAGAGUGCUGAGCAGGCAGAGAAGUGGAACUCAGAGUCUGACACAGAUCUGUGCAGACCGGACAGGCACAGGACAAGGCACACACGGCCCGGUCACAACGAGAGCCAGUCAGAAAGACAAGCUAAGGAAAACAAGUCUAAAUGUAAGCGCCUGGCUCUGCUACUAACCAAUGCACCCAACCCUCAGAAUAAAGGGGCCUUGCUGUUCAAGAAACGUCGCCAGAGGGUUGAGAAGUAUACACUUGUUAGUUACGGGACUGGCGAAAACAGGUUUGACAGUGAAGACCAAAUAGAAGAAGAAACUGAAGAAGUCCGAUCAGCUGAGUACAACUUUGAGGCAACAAGUGAGUCUGAGUUUGAAGAGGAGUACUCUGUUCAGCAGCAGGAGCAUAAUUUAAGUCUGAAUUGGGGAAGUCUUCGAGAAAUGGAGGCGCUACCUGAAACAAAAGGGAAAGGCGUGUUGAUGUUUGCCCAACGUCGCAAACGGAUGGAUCAGAUGGUGUCAGAGCGUGAAGAACUCAGGAGUAAAGGAUUACCUGAAAGAUCAAGAGAAGCUCAGAAUAUUUAUAACCCUAAGGAAAUGUACAUGCAUCCUGAUCAGGCUGGCUAUAUGGAGGAAAGUUUCAAGCAGCAUGAAGAAAACCAAGAAAACCUUCAACAGAUGAACCACUUAUCCAAUGUGUCCAGACCGUUGGUGCCAAAUAGAACUGCAAAGCCUUUUCUAGGAUUUCAAGAUGGCAGAACUGCUCCUGUCAUACCUAGUGGCGUUGCUCCAACGUCAAAGAAGCCUGACUCAAGAUUUAGAGUACCUGUGCCUAUUAAUACUAACCCACAGGUGUGGUCUCCCACUGGAGACAUCAUAGCAUCAAGAGAUGAGCGGAUAUCUGUGCCAGCAAUUAAGACUGGCAUCUUACCAGAACCAAAACGGAAAGGCACCAAUAAACAGUCAGCAAUGCUGCAGCAAGAUCCAAGUCUUCAGCUUCAAAACAAAGGGGAAAGAAAGUCUGAUAUUGAGCAAGAGGAGGACUUUUUCAGUCUUGGUGCUGAGGCUUGUAACUUCAUGCAACCCAGAACAGUAAAACUCAAGAAUCCCCCUCCAGUUGCUCCCAAACCCACCAUCAACCCAAACUGCCCGCCUUGGAUGAGACCGAGCCCUUCUUGUGAGCCCUACCUUCCAACAAGAAGUCCAGUUUCACAACCUUCUCACAGCCCUGUGGGGCCUCAUAGUCAGCAUUACUUACAGCAGCAAGAUUGGACUCAGUCUCAACAGAUGGCUAACCACUGGGCACCGGAUCAAACUCAGGCAACACUUCAAACACCUGCCAGUGCCUGGGGUCCGGUCGCCUCCUCCUCUCAGCUUCACCUUCAGCCAACCACAAAUAGCUGGAGUCUACAGUCUCCUCAAUCCCCUGUGAGUAUGCAUACUCGCAGUCCCACGUACAGCCCUCAUCAAGCACCCUCACCCUUGAGGAAUAAAUCAGACAGUGCUCCUCAAUCAGUCGCCUCUUGCCCACCACAAGCAGGGAUGUCAUAUGGCCAUGAAUCAAAAGCAUCACAGCCUUCUCCACAGGGUCGAGUUGCAGGCAGAGGAAUUAAUCGAGCUGGUGAUGGUAAAACUAUGAAGGGAAAAGGUGCAGAGCUGUUUGCCAAGAGACAGUCCCGUAUGGAGAAGUUUGUUGUUGAUGCUGAAACGGUUCAAGCUAACAAAACAAGAUCCACCUCCCCAACCUCCUCUCUCCCAAACCAUUGGAGGUAUUCUUCCAAUGUUCGUGCCCCACCUCCUUUAUCUUACAAUCCACUUCUUUCUCCUUUCUACCCUUCAUCAGCAGCCAAGCAACCCCCUUCCACAAGCCCCAAACUCAAGCCUAAGACCAAAGAGAAACCUAAAACACCCCUAAAGCACCUCAAUGCCUUAGAUAUUAUGAAGCAUCAGCCGUACCAGUUGGACUCAUCUCUGUUCAAGUAUGAUGCAGUCCCAGAGGCCAAUAGCCCCAGCCCUAGCCCUAGCCCUAGCCCCAAACCAACCCCAGCAUCAAAGUUUGAGGCUAUCAAAAUCCGCAAACAGAAAGCUGCCCUUUCUCAUUCUGCCCUUAAAACCCCUGAGCCUGCUGCUCAAAGCAAAGCAGAGGUCCCUGCAAGGUCUCCUGUACCGGUAUUUGGUCGGAGCCGCUCUCUGAGCCUGCCCAAGCAGAUGAAUUUGACACAUCCUCCCAGAUUUCUGUCACCCAGGAACACGCCCGGAGUCCACCCAACAUAUUCAUCUACACAGAGGCAAACAUUCCUUCAGGAAAGAGACCACAAGCCACCGACACCAUGGGAGGCAGCAUCCAGAAGCCCUGUUGGCUCAGUGGAUGAGGCCUUUAUGUUUCAGAGCUUCCCAUUAUCUGUUGCCUCUAACGUCAAAGCUGCAGGGCAGCGCAGAUCUCUGCCAGAGCCUCCAGAUGAAUGGAAGCGCAGGGUGUCUCUUGAUCCUGCAGCUGUCAGUGAGCGUCAUUAUUAUGCAGCCCCAGCAUUUCAGGCAGCAUCCAUGAGCAGGACGAUUUCACCUGAGAAGCCAACCUUCUAUGGGCCUCCCUUCAGACCUGCACAGCCUCUGUGGUCUGCAAGCAGGGCCUCUUACGGAUACAUGGAGCAAUGAACCAGUCCUACAAAGUACCUUAGUCUAGUGCAGUGCCACUGAUCAUAAUGCAUGAUGCCUGAUCACUAACAUUAAUGGUCAAGUAUUUACUGUUAAAGGACAAAAGUGUGGUGGAGAGGAUCAUGAAACACAGAUUCAGAUUAUUUCUGGCAUGUGUUUUUGAAGAAUUAUCUGAGAUUAUGAGGUUUUAGACAAUUUAUCAAAGCUGUGUUGUUGAUAGGAGUGUCAUGGUACAAGUGUUCAUGAAGUUAAAAAGGCCAGUUAACUUAUUUUAACUAUAUUGCAGUGUUGCAGAUGAGAUAUGACUCUGCUAUGUGUGCUUGAAGUGAUCAUUUUAUGUGUUAAAACUUUACAGACAGACUUGGGACAGGACCGGUCUCCUGGAAUAGUUUCAAAAAUGUUUGGAAGGUGUUUUGAGGGCUAAACGAAUGUCUAAAGUGUCUGCCAGCUUAAAAAAGAAAUCUACAUGAAGAGUUCGGCUGGUAACUCUGACAAAGUUUGUUAUUAAUAUUUCUUGAGAAAAAGGCACUGUGAAAAUAUUUUGUGUGGCUUUCAGGUAUGUAGAUUUUUGAUCACUUAUCAGUUUAGUGUUGCAAUGUCUUUAAAUCUGAGCAUUUCAUACAAUGAGCAUCACUGAUACUUAUUACUUAGUUCUAACUUGUCUUUUCUCUCACCGUUACUGCAAUGGAAACAUCUAUAAUCAAAGUGUGAAGAUACAUUCUGCUAAUUAUAUUCACUCUAUAUCCCUUUGGGAAUAGGCAAAAAUACUAUAGCCGCACAUGUCUCAUUUAAACCAAAAUAAACAUUUAAGUUUUUAAAGUGGUUGUUUAUUUUGCUAUAUUUAUGUAUUUAUAUCUAAGUCAAGGGGAGUACAUACCACAUGCAUUCAUGGAUGAGCAAACCUUUGAUUUUAUACACUUUGUGUUGUUUCUGCCUUUGUGUGUCAGUGUUUUAAGAUAACCAAUGUUGCCAGAUUCUUGCAUUUUUCAUGAUGACAUGUUUUUGCAUGACUAAAACACACACUGAAGACCUGAUAAACAUUAAAAACCUCUUA